GUUAUGAGCCCACCCUUGGUUUGAGCUGACUUGCACUGGAACUCUUCAUCCGGAUAUUGUUCCUGCGCAGCAAGGACUCCACAUUCUGCCUCAGUGUUUGGUGAACAAGUCGCUAAUACCUCAAGAGGUUACAUUGCACUUAUAAUCCAAAGUUCUGAAAAGCUGUUGGAAUUUAAGAGCGGAUUUAACAGACUGCACGAACAGCGACCAUUUUUACUUCUUUUUGAUUUUUUCGGCUCGCUUUUAAGGACUUCCUUUUUUGGAACACUUUCUAAGAAUUCUAAUUUAAGUUGACUGCAUCACGUAUAAGUGGUUUUAAUGAUUUUCUCUGGCGCAGCAAUCUUUUUGUAAAUGUUAAUGUUAUGAGAAAAGAUUAUUCAGCAGGUAAGUCUAUUGAAAUUAAAAUUAUCCAAACAUUUUUUAAUUAUAUUUUACUCUUGCCCCUUAUGUUUGCUCCAAAGGAACCUACCAACAACAGGAUGUGCUGUCAUUAACAUAAAGUUAACUUGUGGAGUUUUUGUAGUACACCACUAUGGGGUUUGGGGAACUCUUGGAGCAGGUAGGGAGCACAGGACGCUUCCAGGUCCUGCAUACGACCCUUCUCUGCAUGCCUGUGAUGUUGUUGGCCAGUCACAACCUGCUGCAGAACUUUGUGGCUUUGGUUCCCCCUCACUUCUGCAACGCACACACAAACCUGUCCCAGUCCCAGAUGAGUGCAGAGGAAGCGCUGCUGGUCACGGUGCCGCUGGACCAGACAGGGAAGCCAGAGAGGUGCUUGCGUUACGCGGCUCCACAGUGGCACCUCCUGACAAAAAACAGGAGCUCCAGUUCAGGGAAGGAGGGAGACACUAACGCUGGUUUGGAUGUCGACCUGCAGGGAUGUUCCGAUGGAUGGACCUAUAACAUGACUCACAUGAAAUCCACAAUCAUAUCUGAUUGGAAUUUGGUGUGUGAUCGGCAGGCUUUGAAGCAAAUGGGACAGACGGUCUACAUGGGAGGUGUGCUUCUGGGUGCUGUUGUCUUUGGAGGUCUUUCAGACAGAUAUGGUCGACGCAUCCUAUUGCUUAUUUCUCACCUGCUGAUGGCUGUGUCAGGAACAUGUGCUGCUUUCUCCACUGCCUUCCCGCUCUUCUGCCUGUUCCGCUUUGGCUGUGGCAUGGCUCUGGCCGGCGUGGGGCUCAACACCUUCUCGCUCAUUGUGGAGUGGAUCCCCACUAGUGUGCGAACAAUAGUGGGGACAACGGGAGGUUACUGCUACACAGUUGGACAGUUGAUACUGGCGCUCAUCGCGUACUUCAUCCGGGACUGGAGGUGGUUAACCCUGGCUGUGUCUUUGCCUUUCUUUGUCUUCUUCCUCAUUGCAUGGUGGUUUCAUGAAUCUUCAAGAUGGUUAGUUAUGAGUAAUAACCCUGAACAAGCCAUCAAGAACCUUAAAAGUGUGGCGAAAUUUAAUGGACGGAAGGAAGAGGGAGAGAAAAUCGACAUGAAGGUAAGAGAAUGCCUGCAGGAAACCAUGAAGAAAGAGAUGUCCUGCUCACAACGCACCCACUCUGUCCUGGAUCUGUUCCGCACACCUACAAUGAGGAGAAUGACGAUCUGCCUCAGUGCUGUCUGGUUAUCCACGAGCUUUGCUUACUACGGUCUUGCAAUGGAUCUGCAGAAGUUUGGGGUGGACAUCUACUUGAUCCAAGUGAUCUUCGGAGCUGUCGACAUCCCUGCUAAAGUCGUCAUAGUCGUAUCUAUGAGUUAUUUUGGACGGCGCAUAUCACAAUGUGGGGCUCUCAUCAUCGCUGGAAUCACUGUUUUGAUCAACCUGCUGAUACCUUAUGAUAAACAGACUGCACGCACGUGUAUGGCUGUACUGGGUAAAGGUUGCUUCGCUGCCUCAUUCAACUGCUGCUAUCUUUACUCUGGAGAACUGUUCCCAACAAUCAUCCGUCAGAAUGGCAUGGGCUGGGUAUCCAUGAUGGGUCGGGUGGGAGCCAUGGUGGCCCCGAUGGUGCUUCUCACGGCCGACUAUCUACCUUGGCUCCCGGGUUUGAUCUAUGGCGGCGCUCCGAUCCUCAGUGGAAUUGCUGCAAUAUUUCUUCCAGAAACACUUGGCUCACCCCUCCCCGACACAAUACAAGAUGUGGAGGACAGGGGAACUGGGAGAAGCUCCAAAGUGUCACGAAAGGAAGCGAUAAUCCUGCAAGAAACCCAGGUGGAUCUCCUAAAGCAGACGGCCUGAGGGCAUAUGGAUUCUGCUUCUGAGGUUUCCCUGACAUGUCAAUGAACAUAUCUUGGUUACUGCUUUUUCUCCGGCCUGUUUAUUAGUUUGAUUUCAAUAGAAAGCUUAUUAUGUUGUAUGUCUGCUAGACAGGUGGAGUUGCAAUAAGACAGGGUAAUACAAUGAAAUGAACAGCUGUGAACAAUUAGAUCUGUGUGUGUUUGUGUUAUAGGAGGAUUUUAGUCUGGAUUUGCAUAAAUCAUGUUUUUAUAUUUUAGAAAAUGUGCCUUCUACAGGUGCUUUGCUUUACUGGUAUUUGUAUAACUUCUUAUUACUUGCAAUCUUGUAUUUGAAAACAAAACUAUAUUUUCAAUCAAAUCAGCACCUAUACAUUUAAGUCUUCUCAUUCCCUUUGCUCUGUUGAACUGAAAUACUUUGCACACUUCUUUAUCAGGCUACUUUUAAAUGGGCACUGUCUGAUACAAUUACUGAAACAAGUCAGACAAAGAAGUUUGUGACAAGAGGAUUUACAUUUAACUGGUUUGCGUCUGUCAUUCAUUGUCUGGGCCUUAUGCUAAAAUAUCAAUCAAGGUUCAAGGUUCUUUAUUUUGUCAUACGAACAUACCCAGCUAGAAAAUGUUGGUUCUAAAAACAUUCUGAGAAUGUUACAGUCAUUGUUCUAGGAAGGUUUUCAGCGGGAAGUUUUUGGGGGGCACACUAACCCACUAACAGGGGUUUCAGGGACGGGCAGUGAUGGUCGGUCCAUUCUUCUAUAUGUCUGUCUUUGGUUUUCUAAGCGUUAUUCGAUCCAUAUGACAGUGCUUCUCAAAGUGUGGUCCGCGGACCACUGGUGGUCCGUGAGUGCCCCCUAGUGGUCCGUGAGUAUAUUUGUAACAUUUCACAUUUGAAAUAAAUAAAUACAUUUAAGUUUUCCGCACUCUCGCGGGAAUAUCUCCGCAAUGGAACGAGCUUAAUUUCCCCUCUCUAUUGCAUGAUAAAGCUCAGCGCAACACCUUCAUCGCACAUGUUGCCACUUGUUUGUACCAUUUUCAGGCGAUUUAUAAUCUGUUCUAGAAAAACGAUGUGUUUUGGAAUAUUUGUGGAGUUAGGUGGUCC